UUUUAGCCACAUGCUUUGAGGAAACUGGAUGGUUAAUAUCAUAUCGUGCCUGCCAGAGAGCUGUACUGUACUACCUCGUAGCAAGAGUCAGCCCCGUUCCAUUCCAGCUAGUUUGUGUGUGUGUCCGGACACCAUUUUGGAAAGUUUGACGGUGUAUGCACAUCACAUUUUCGUGCGCCAUCUGAGCUGACCUGGUCUAGCGCUUCGGCAUCAGCUAGAGCGGCCGGUUCAUCAACCAACACCUGCCUUGCCUCCUACCUAACCUGGAAUUACCAAACGACCAAAAGUAAUAUACUACUCUAUCCUGGUAGUUUUGGACCAAGUUUGUUCGAAUAAUGAGCUCCAGAACAUAAACACGGUUUACAUAUUGCAUCACUUUAAUUUUCGACGCCACUGCCUUUUAUCAACCGCCGCGGUCCUCUAUCAACAGCCGAUGAUCGAGGAAUGCAACUAUAGCCACUAUUCCAAAACACUCGACACUCAAGCUAGGCAGCUAGGUUAGCUUUCUAGGUUGCUUGGCCGCUCAGGGCACGACCGCAGCAAUGGCUGCCGCCGGGGAUCUCGUCUUCAACACAACAAAGGAACUCGAGUCACGUUCGUCGUCUGAUCAAGAACUGUCGUUCGAGACGGAGAGAAGAAACGAUGGCAAGGAUGCCACGGUCCUCCGCGACAGACAGACGGGUAAUGUCGCCUAUCCGACGCUUGUGCCUCCCCACCCCGAGGACUUUCAGAACCAAACCGCUGGCGUCGGCUCCAGCGCAAGUGCCGGCAAGAAACCCGAGCCCCCAAAGCCAGGCGAGCACCCGCCAAAGACGCAUUCCGAUCCGCUCCAGCGGUUUUCGGGCGACGACGAGCAGUUCAGGCCACGGCCGUUUGGGGGCCAGCGGGCGAUGACCGAAGCGAUACCGCCCCGGGAAGGCACGCGCCGGUUCUCGGGUAUGCCCGGGCGCCUGCAGCGAGCCGGCACAAACGUACCCGACAUGCAGCGGGCGCUGUGGCGAGGUGACCAUGACGACUCUAGCAGCUCGUCUUCAUCCUCGGAGGAUGAGACGACACAGGCCCAACAGGACAAGAAACAGAAGCGCGUCAAGAAGAAGCUGCAGAAACAAAAGAGCGACGACCCUUAUAGGAAGUUCCGCGUGGGCAACGACAACUACCACACCAAGGGUAAGGUUAAGCGCGACGGUCGUUUGUCCAUCUCGGUGAACGACACCAGUAGCACCGGGUACCUCGCAAAGGCCAUCGGGUCGGCAGUUAAGAAGGUCGUCCCCAAGGCAAAGGAGGCAACGUCAGAUAACGAAGAUGUCGAAGAUUACGUCUCGAGGCCUACGGGCUCGAGGGCGUCGUCUGUUACUACAGUCGCAAUGGCCAACGUGCCCUGCCCGAAACUCAACAUCGUUAUCAUGGUUAUUGGUUCCCGUGGAGACGCCCAACCUUUCCUCAAGAUCGGUCAGGUUCUCAAGCAACAAUAUGGCCAUCGAGUCCGUAUCGCCACCCACCCGGCCUUUAAAGAUUUUGUCGAAAAGGACUCGGGUCUUGAGUUUUUCUCAGUGGGAGGCGACCCUUCGGAGUUGAUGGCCUUCAUGGUCAAGAAUCCCGGCAUGAUACCCAAACUGGAGACAGUCAAGGCUGGAGACAUUGGUCGCAGGAGAGCAGCCAUGGCGGAGAUGUUUGAGGGUUUCUGGAGGGCUUGCAUCCACGCAACAGACGACCCCAAGGACCAGGAUAACCUGCGAUUGAUGGGUGACAAGCCUCCAUUCAUUGCAGAUGCAAUCAUCGCCAACCCACCCAGUUUCGCGCACUACCACAUAGCUGAAGCCCUGGGGAUCCCGCUGCAUCUCAUGUUUACCUUCCCGUACACUCCUACCCAGGCUUUCCCUCAUCCUCUGGCCAGCAUCAAAACAUCGAAUGUCGACCCUGGUUACACCAACUUUAUCUCGUAUCCACUGGUCGAGAUGAUGGUGUGGCAAGGACUAGGCGACUUGGUCAACGAUUUCCGAGUGAAGACACUGGGUUUGGAUCCAGUCUCGACUCUCUGGGCGCCAGGCGCUACGUAUCGACUUCAUGUUCCCUUCACUUAUCUUUGGAGCCCUGGUCUGGUUCCCAAGCCAGAGGACUGGGGUGAUGAGAUUGACAUCUCGGGCUUCGUGUUCCUCGACCUGGCCUCUUCAUUCAAGCCACCAGACGACUUGGUCAAAUUUUUGGACGAUGGGGAUCCUCCAAUCUACAUUGGAUUUGGGUCUAUCGUGGUAGACGAUCCCGAUCACUUCACAGAAAUGAUAUUCGAGGCAGUAAAGCAAGCAGGUGUGCGAGCCCUGGUUUCCAAAGGCUGGGGUAAGCUCGGUGGUGAGAACGUUCCUGACAACGUCUACAUGCUCGAGAAUACCCCUCACGACUGGCUAUUCCCUCGCGUCUCUGCUUGUGUCAUACAUGGCGGUGCCGGGACGACGGCUAUCUCGUUGAAAUGUGGCAAACCAACAAUGGUUGUCCCCUUCUUCGGUGAUCAACACUUCUGGGGUAGCAUGCUGGAGCGCUGCGGUGCCGGCCCCGAGCCUGUGCCUUAUAAACGUCUCACUGCGGAGAAGCUGGCCGAGGGGAUAAAAUACUGCCUUAGCGAUGAAGCCAAGAAGGCGGCCACUGAGAUCGCUCGAGACAUAGAGCAAGAAGGCGACGGGGCCGAAAACGCAUGCAGAUCGUUUCAUAAGCAUCUGACGCUCCAAGGAACACAUUCCAUGCGCUGCUGUGUUCUCGAGGACCACGUGGCCAUCUGGCAUCUUAAACAUACCAACAUACGGCUCAGCGCCAUGGCCGCGGAGAUCCUUGCCAGCAAGAACGCAUUGUCCUGGCGCAAGCUCAAGCUUAUUCGCCACCGAGAAUGGAACGAUUUUGAGGGCCCCGGAGAACCUGUGACGGGUCUGGCUGGCUCGCUAGUCACCACAGUCGGUGAUGUUGUUGGAGGUGUGGGAAGUGUACCGAUGCGCAUUGCCAAAAGCUCAAACAAAAGGAGGGAGCGUAAGGAGAAGAAGGAGAAGCGAAGAGCACGCCGCGAAGCACGAGAAAAGGCCAAGGAGGGCAAAGGUCAGGACACAGAGGCUGAGAAUGAGAAGGCCGAGACUGGGAAUGACAAGAAGGACGACUCUUCCAAGUCAAAGUCUGCCGAACCAUCGGACAAGCAGGCCAAUUCUGGCAAGGAGACCUCCAAGACACCAGAUAGCACUUCGGAUUCCAAGGAGAAGCCAACGACAGAAGGGAAGCCAUCUGAAAAAGGCCCCCACAACGCGGAUAACGAAAAGGCCGGUGAUGAGCUUGAAGGUACCGAAGCUCAAGAUCAUGCUCAACCUUCAAAGGAGCCUCCUUCACAGUCACCAAAACGUGGUGCAAACCCGCAUCGGGAGAGCUACGCUAGUUCCUUGGCCACAACUGCGACCACGGACACCUCAGAUGAGACAAGUCGAGCCCAUGACUUUGCGCAGAACGUAGGGAAGGGCGUCGGCAAGUCGGCACAUGCACUGGCACGGGCACCCGUCGACAUGUCGCUCGCAGUCGCUCAAGGUUUUCACAACGCUCCGCGUCUCUACGGAGAUGACACUGUGAGGAGGCCUUUGCGGGUGACUGGCAUGCGGUCAGGACUGCGGGCAGCUCGACGCGAGUUUGGCUAUGGCGUUUACGACGCCUUCACCGGAGUCGUUCGCCUCCCUGUGCGCGGUGCGCGCGACUCGGGCGCCAAAGGCUUUGCCAAAGGCGUCGGCAUGGGUAUGAUGGGAUUCGUGCUCAAGAACUUUGCUGCCAUAGCCGGGCCUGGUGCGUACACGCUCAAGGGUGUGGCCAAGCAGCUAGAAAAGGGCCGAUCGCCUGUCAAGCAUCUCCGCAGGGCGCGAAUAGUGCAGGCCCAUCGGGAGUGGCAGUCUUUAGACCGUGAAGGACAACAGAAGCUUGCUGAUCGCAUUCUCGAGGGCUGGAAAGUCCUGCAGCGUCUUGCACGCGCGCUGGAGGAGGCGGAGCGCAAAGAAUCUGGAGGCAUCCGGGGUCGCCUCUCGGCGAGACGCCGGCGCGGCAUUGGAGCUGCCUUUGAAAGCGUCGAGAUCGCUCAGCGCGCGCUCACCGGUAUUGAAGAGGGACGACUCGAGCAAGUUGUUGAGAAGGGAGCCCGGCGCGAGAGUGACGGCCGUAGCAAGGUUGAGCGGAGGGUCAAGAGGGAGAAGAAGAAGCAGGUCGCCGAGCAUGCGGGUGAGAAGCGCAAGGAGGACGAGGAAAAUAGCAAGCGGGGGAGUACAGAGCAGUCUACCGAUGGCCGCUCCCGCCGCUCGGGUGCCGACGACCAAGAACAGGGUCCAGGCGGGCAGAAGACGAAGAUUCCCGAAAACAACAAGACCGACAACGACAGUGGCAAGUCCUUGGACGGGAAGGAAGGCAGGAACACAGACGGCAACCAUAUUGCCUUUGCCAACGAUCCCCGCACCCCACAUGGUCCAGGAGAGCUAGAAAAGCCUGCUCCCAGCAAGAUAGCCACCUAGAAAAGGGCUUUGCUGCUGUUCAGGUUCAAGUAGACAGGGUCAGAUCAGGAUUCCCGAAACAAACAGUUAUGAAGGCAUUGGACAACCAGAUGGCAUGGUGUGAUGGUUUUGUUUGAGGCAAGUUAAUGGUAAUGGAGGUUCAGACCGACAAGCAGAUUGAAGCAACACAGUAUUGAACAGGUCUGCGAUCUCUUCUUUUUUCCCGGAUAAACCGGGAGCAUGUUGAUGAAGAUGGAUACCCCUUUUUGUUUUUUGUUUUUUUCUUUUGUUACUACUACACCCCUAGGCAACAGUGUACAUGGUUUGCGACGCACAUAUAAUACCACUAUAGCAACAAGAAAUAUACAUACAUCAUAUGCAG